AUGUUUUUGGGUAGCAACAAGCUGCUGCCCUAUGUCUGUGGGCCAGUAGGCCUGUCUGCCGGGGUGGCAAGCACAUUUCGCGAAAUUUUGGAGCAGAAGGCAUCUGCGCACCCUUUCGAGAAUGUGCAGUCUCUGUUACCUCCAAAUUCAUGGCUUGGACUGUACCCUAUUCGUGAUCACAAGCGUGAUGCAGCCAGAGCAGAGAAUGCACUCACUCUUUCCUUUGGAAGUGAGCUGAUCGGUAUGCAAAGGGAUUGGAAUGAAGAACUGCAGUCCUGUCGAGAGUUUCCCCACACAACUCCUCAAGAAAGGAUCUUGCGAGACAGGGCUUUAUACAAAGUGACUUCUGAUUUUGUUGAUGCAGCCAUUAAUGGUGCUAUUGGAGUCAUCAGCAGAUGUAUACCACCAAUUAAUCCAACCGAUCCAGAAUGCUUUCACAUGUAUGUGCACAACAAUAUAUUCUUCAGUUUUGCUGUGGAUGCGGACAGUGAGCAGCUUUCCAGAAAGCACCAAACAGACACUAGUUCAAAGACUGAGAGCACGGGCUCAUCACUGAAUUCAUCUGAUAAGAAGUCAUUGCAUGGAGCUGCAAAAGUUUCAAGUGGGGCCAAAAGCAAUGGCUUAUCUGCAGAGUAUCUUGACAGUGGCAUGGAUUUAUCUUCUGAGGUUCCUGCUGAGACACAGAUGGUUGAAAGUGAGCAAGCCACAUAUGCAUCUGCGAACAAUGAUCUGAAAGGCACAAAAGCAUACCAAGAAGCUGAUGUGCCUGGGCUGUAUAAUCUUGCUAUGGCAAUUAUUGACUACAGGGGUCACAGAGUAGUGGCACAGAGUGUUCUACCGGCAUCCUUCAAGUUGUUUUCUCUUAAGACGAUGGGUAUGGUGCUGGAGGCUGCGAAACGCCUUCAUUUGAAGGAACAUACAGUUUUUGAUGGAUCUGGCAAUGUUUACAAAUUAGCUGCACCAGUAGAAUGCAAGGGUAUUGUUGGUAGUGAUGACAGGCAUUAUCUGUUGGACUUGAUGAGAGUCACUCCUCGGGAUGCAAAUUAUAAUGGACCAGGGUCCAGAUUUUUUAUAUUGAGACCUGAACUAAUAUCUGCCUUUUGUCAGGCUAAAGUAGCUGAGAGAUCAAAAAGUAGUGGCCAACAAGAAGAGGAUCUUCCUGGAGCUGAUGAUUCUCCAAAUACUGAUAGUGCUGAAGAAAAGGUGCCAUCCAAUGCAAAUGCUGUGCCAGCAUCUUUGGACACCCAGGACGUGGAAAGCCAUGCUAAACAUGAAGCUGUCCAUGAAUGUGGUUCUGGACCUGCAGGGAAUGGAGAAGUAUAUGAGGAAAUAUCUUUUAAUCCUAAUGUCUUCACGGAGUUCAAAUUAGCUGGAAGUGAAGAAGAGAUUGCUGCUGAUGAAGAUGAUGUCAGGAAAGCAAGUCUGUAUCUUAAGGAUGUUGUGCUUCCAAAGUUCAUUCAAGAUCUUUGUACGCUUGAAGUAUCACCCAUGGAUGGCCAGACAUUGACUGAUGCACUUCAUGCUCACGGAAUUAAUGUCCGUUAUAUAGGAAAAGUUGCUGAAGGGACCAAACACUUGCCUCAUUUGUGGGAUCUCUUUUCCAAUGAGAUUGUGGUCAGAUCAGCAAAGCACAUCCUUAAGGAUGUGCUGAGAGAUUCAGAGGAUCACGAUCUUGCUCCUACGGUUUCACACUUUUUCAACUGCUUCUUUGGAAAUUGCCAAGCUGUAGCCAUGAAAGGUUCUUCUAACAGUAUACAGUCCAGAACCCAAAGGAAGGAUCACAGUGGCCAUCAAGCUUCUGGUAAAUCAUCUAGGGGCCAGGGACGAAAAGAUGGGGGAUCUGCCAGAAUGAAACAAUCAUCAUAUUUGAGUAUUACAUCUGAUAGUUUGUGGUCUGAUCUUCUAGAAUUUACAAGAAUCAAGUAUCAGUUUGAGUUGCCAGAGGAUGCGAGAUCACGGGAAUGCAAGGGCACAAAUUACAGCAGCAGCAUAAGUGGCAGCAUAAUUACUUUAUCAUGGCAGAAGGUAGGCAUAACCAUUGCAGCCCGGAAAUAUGAUCUUGAUGUCAUGGCACCUUUCCAAACAUCAGAUAUUUUGAAUCUCCAACCUGUAGUUAAGCACUCUAUUCCAGUAUGUUCUGCAGCUAAGGAUCUUGUGGAAACAGGAAAGGUUCAGUUGGCUGAGAUGAAAUCCAAACUUAUUAAUAGUGGAGAUGAAUACUGUCUGGGAUUGGGGAAAAAUGAGAUCAGGCAUUUCUUGAAUUCGUCUGAUUCCUUUGAGCAGGGGCUUAUCAUGCGUGGGUUGCUUAGUGAAGCCUAUGCUUUGUUUUCUGAAGCAUUCACAAUUCUUCAGCAGGUGACUGGUCCAAUGCAUCGGGAGGUUGCCAACUGCUGUCGCUACCUUGCAAUGGUUUUAUAUCAUGCGGGAGAUAUGGCUGGAGCAAUAAUGCAACAGCACAAGGAACUCAUUAUAAAUGAACGAUGUCUUGGCCUGGACCAUCCUGAUACUGCUCACAGGCAGGAAUUCUUUACCUUCAUAUUCUUCAUUCUCCUGGGUGUCUCAACACUGCUAUGUUUGGUGAAAGUAACUGGAAAUGUUAAAUCUUUUUGA